AUGACGGCAGACGUCUUCUCGACCGGUGCGUCUCUGUCACACAGCUACAUUUUGUCUCCGAUUGGCGAGCGAAAGGCCAUGGAAACGAGCAAUUCUUCCUUGCUGUCUUUCAGCGAGCUGGAACCAACCAUCAGCAACCCAGAACCGAGGUACAUCCCGACCAUCAUCAUGCGUAGGCUGCCACGCAACACAAACGACGAAUCUCUCCGCAGUAUGCUCCUUUUCGCAAAGGACCUCAUCAACACUGAAAUCAUCAAGGGGCCCUUUUCCGAAGACGAGGGCUUUGUCUCGGCAAUUGCACGAUUCAAAUCCGUGGCGGGCGCUCAGGAAGCGAGGGAUAUGCUAAACGGCAAGGCUAACGCUGCAAAUGAUGCCAAGAUGAUCGUGGAACUAAUGCCCUGCAACCCUGUCGCUGGCGCCAUCGGAGCCCGGCGCAAUACCGUAGACGGCACAGCAACCCGACAGACGUCUUCGACUUCCUCGGGCGUGUCCUCCAACGGUCGCCAAUCCUCUCGCUUCAACGGCACGUUUCAGUCUAUGGACAAGAUGUCUCCACCCAACGGAGCCUCAACCCUCGGCAAAGGGGAGUUUCCGGUGCCGGACGGUGGCGUCUUUGGCCCCAAAUCCCCCAUGGGCACAGCCUUCAAAGAGCGGUCAAGCAAGCAACUGAUCAACGAGGAUGCCGGCGACGAUGAGACCAGUGAAUUGAUCAAGGACCCGGUUGCGUACGCUAGGAACGGCCAGAAUGCGCCGGUGAACAUGGCCCGUCGAACGACCAACCCGCAGAUACCCGUCACGCGUUUUGGCAGCCUCUCCCUCAAUACGACGAGCCCCUCGACCGGCCUGACGUCGCCGCCGAUGUCCGCUUUCACGUCUCCUCGAUCGCUUGCUCCCGUGCAAUCACCUGGCCCCGCCAUCACGGCAAUGUCGCCUCAUAGCAUUACCUCGUCGAUGAGCAUGGGUCCCAACACCAACUACCAGAUGACCCCUCAGCAUUAUCAGAGACACAACUAUCCACCCGUGAACCCAGCAGACCAAAACCCGCCCUGCAACACCCUCUACGUUGGCAAUCUGCCAAUUGAUACGUCUGAAGAUGAACUCAAAGCCAUGUUUUCCAAGCAGCGUGGAUACAAAAGGCUGUGCUUUCGGACGAAGCAAAACGGUCCGAUGUGUUUUGUCGAAUUCGAAGAUGUUUCGUUCGCAACGAAGGCGUUGAACGACCUCUAUGGUCACCCUCUGCAUAACAGUGUGAAGGGCGGUAUCAGACUAAGCUUCUCCAAGAACCCGUUGGGAGUCCGGACCGGUCAACAGAACACGAUGCCAGCUACGCCCAUGACGCCCCAAUCUGCCAUGCCGGGUAUGGGCAGCGGCCUUGGAAUGUCUCCUGCUUUUUCUACGGCCACAGGACCGCCUCCCGGCCUCACUCCGCCUGGAUUGACUUCGCCAGUCAACAUGAACGGCAGCUCCAGCUUUGGCAUGUUCUCCAACGGCCCGUUUGGUGUUCCGCCGAUGAGGGCGCAGCCUCUCGCCGGAGGCAUGGGCACAGGCGGCGCUGCAAGCGGGUUUGGAGGUGGCAUGAACGCCGCUUACUCUGACUACAUGAUGGGUCGCUAA